AUGGCCAACCUGUUCAAGGACGAGUACUUCAUGAAAGACACUCUAGUCAUGCUCACCUUUGACGAGGACUCAACUUACGUCAAGGACAAUCGGAUCUUCAGCAUUCUGGUCGGUGGUGCCGUGCCUGAAAGCCUCCAGGGUACAAAGGACGACACCUUUUACACCCACUACUCCAGUAUUGCAACUAUCUCCGCUAACUGGGGCCUUCCAUCUCUGGGCCGUUGGGACUGCGGUGCCAACAUCUUCCAAAUUGUCUCUAACAAGACCGGCUAUGUCAACUACGAGGUCGACAAGACCCACUUGACUCUCAAUCAGACCUAUCCCGGCCCUAUGUCGAUUGGAGAUAAGGAGACUGGAAACACCUCCAAGUUCAUCCCAGACUGGCCUAUUCCCCUCACGGAUAGCAACGAGAAGUGCUCAGCUGGACAUGGUAUCUUGGAAAUUGUCAAGAGCACCUAUGGAAAGCUGCACCCAACCUACAAUUACACCACCCCCUUCCCUUGGGACUCGCGCUACGGCUACAACGACAAAGUGACCUUCAAGCGCCCUGUCAACGGAACUCAAAAGAACACAACCGCUAGUGUCGACACUCAGCACCGCAGUACCGGAGCUAUUCUCGAUGCUCGUCUUCAACGUGCUUUGACGGGAUGUCUUUUGAUCGUUGUUGCUUCAUUCUUCUAA